GGCGGGCGGUCUGUUCGACUCCUGGCGCGCGUCGAACCACACGUCUGGACCCGGUGCGCGCUGGUUGUUUCGGAAGGAAGGAGGAAAACCGUUGCGUGUGUAUCGGGGAGUUCGAGUUGUCGCGGCGCCCGCGGAACAAUGCUUCCCUGCGAUGAGUGAGUCUCCGGCCCGGUCGCUGAUCUUCAAACUCGGAGAUAAUACAACUGGGGCGUGAGGACGCCACCCGAUGCGCCAUCGGACAUGGCUGAGACCACGCCACGGGCCUUCCUGGUGCUCCUGCUGACGUCUGUCCUGCCCGCCAGCCCGCAAGUGACCGACAGCAGGUGCUACCUGGAGAGCGGCGGCUCCGCUGAGAGCUUCUUCGUGUCCGAGGACCUGCCGGUGGGAUCCGUCAUAGGCUCGCUGCGCAUCAUCGGCGACCCCAGCGAGCUGACGGGCGACGUGGUGCUGAGGCUGAAGGAGGUGGACAGCCCGGUGCGCAUCUACCCGGGCAGCAAGAACAUCAGCCUGGCGCGCCGCCUGGACAAGGAGGGUAUAGAAGGUCCGGCCUCUGUGUACGUCAACGUCAUAUGCGACAGGAAGCGGACUGUGGACCCGGCCUUCGUGAUCCCGGUGAACAUCCGGGUGACUGACGCCAAUGACAACGCCCCGCAGUUCGUGAACGCCCCAUACAUGCUCAACAUCUCCGAGGUGACGGUGGUGGGCACGAGGGUGCUGCAGGGCAUCCAAGCCGUAGACGCCGAUCAGCAGGGGCCUUACUCCACCGUCCAGUACUCCGUCCUGCCCGGCAAACAUGCGGAGUACUUCGUGUUCGUGAACGGCCUGGAGGGCACUCUGCUGCUGAGGAAGCCAUUGGACUACGAGCUGCUGUCCAACUUCUCGGUCACCAUCAGGGCGCAGGACCAGGGCAGCCCGCCGCGCUUCUCCGACACCACGCUGUACGUGAACGUGAUCGACGCAGACGACCAGAACCCCAGGUUCUUCGACGACCGCUACACGGCCACGCUUCCCGACCGACCCGUCGCGGGCUCGCAGCUGAGGGUCUCGCCCAGGGACAUCGCCGCCUACGACCAGGACGUGGGCAUCAACGCCGACAUCUACUACACGUUCAACUCGGGAGGCGGCGACUACCGCUUCUUCGACAUGGACCGGCUGAGCGGCCGCGUGCUGGUCCGCAGGAGCGUGCCCGACGAGGAGCUGCUGCAGCCGGCCACGCUCGUCGUCAGGGCGACCCAGGUGGACAACCAGGACCGCUACGCCCUGGCCACGCUCACGGUGGGGCGGCUGGGCGCGCCCUCCAGCCAGCUGCAGUUCCUCCAGAGGACCUGGAGCGCCGGAGCGCUGGAGAACUCCCCCGUGGGCGGCGCGCUGCUCACCGUCGUCACCAACCGGCCCCGCGACAAGAGGCUGCGGUUCUGGCUGGACGACCCUAACGGCGAGAGUCGCUUCGCCGUGUCGGCCUCCGGAGACGUCCUGCUGCGACGGCCCCUGGACUUCGAGGCGGAGGACCGCUACGCCUUCCUCGUCCACGUCUCUGACGGCCGCGCGAACGACUCGGCGCUGGUGAACAUCUCGGUGCUGAACGUGAACGACUGGGACCCGCGCUUCCGCUACCCGCAGUACGAGUUCUUCGCCGAGGCGGGCGUGGCCCCUGGGGACGUGGUGGGGCGCGUCGAGGCGGCAGACGGCGACCGCGGGGACUCCGUGACCAUCUCGCUGGCGGGCCCCGCCGCCAGGAUGUUCUACGUGACGGAGUCAGGUGACAUCGUGGUGUCCGACAUAAGCUCCCUCAACACCAGCACUGUCCACCUGGUGGCCGUGGCCACCGAUUCCGGAGUGCCUCCUAGGCAGGCGUCGGCGCCGGUGAUCGUGCACUUCCCCGAGGCCAUGGUGACGGCGGCGGCGGGCGACAGCUGGCUGCCCGGCGGGUCCAGCUUCGUGAUGCUGGUGCUGUUUGGCUCGCUGCUCGCGCUGCUGGCGCUGGUCGUCGUGCUGCUGCUGCUCUACAUCUACAAGCACAAGCGGUCGAAGGCGGGUGCGCGGUCGGGCGCAAAGCUGCCGGGCUUCGUGCAGCACGAGAAGCUGCCGCCCUCGGAGGACCCCGGCUCGAGGUCCGGCGCGGCCGGCAAGAUGGACAACCCUGUGUUCGGGCAGGACGGCGGACCCUACACCGCCACCGUCAAGGGCCUGAUGGCGCGCGGAGCCGCCGGCUGCAACAACCCGCUGGCCAAGGCGGGCAAGCGCAAGGUGUCGCCCGCGCCGCAGCCGCCGCAGCUGCCGGGCGACGGUGGCGCGGCCGACGGCGACGGCGGCAACCUCCAGCAGCAGCAGCAGCCGGGGUUGGAGCUGGAACCCGGAACGCCGCCCGCGGAAGAAGAACGCGUGGCUGACCAGACGAACCUCACGGUGUACUUCUAGCGGCAGCCACCGCCGCGCCACCGUCGCUGCCGCCGCCAUUUUAAAAGCACUGUGAGUGAGGAGGAGGAGAGAACCUGGCGUAUUGCUGUUUGUUCGGAUCUCAUUGUGGCGUGCCGUGCGUAUCAAUUUAUUGUGUGCGUGAUACUGAUUCAACAAAGUGCAACUUUAAAUUAAUAAAAAUAAAGGACGUCAAGGUGGUAACCGCCUUUAAUGAUGCAAGUACAAAAACUGUCCUCGUUAAGCGUCUAAGGUUACAAAGACGGAAGUGCAAAACAAAUUGUAUUUUUUAUUUCUGUUUCGAGAGCUACGAAAGUGUUGAACAAGAAGAUUGUUUUUUUAUGUGUUUAAUGUACGCAAUCGUCUCGAUGGGUCUUACAGGCUCGGAUUUUCUGCUGACUGCUGACAUUUUGGACUUAAAUGUUGUUUUUACCUAUUUGUUCGUUUCUAUUCUCUACAUCACUUUGUGCUGUGGAAGAUAACUUAUCACAUCAGCUUAAUUUAUGUAGAAAACUUUCAGAUUUGGGGAAGAAGGGAAGGGGGUGUUGCAUUAAACUGCUGUGUUCGCAUUAGCGAAAUGUUUCAUUGUACAUCAAGGACUUUCACAAGAAGAGGUUAUUAAAGAGGAGAGGUAGUAACAUAAAGACGAAAUAUUGUUUUCAAUAAUUUUAGACGAUAAUAAUUUUCUUUUGUGUAAUUUUCAAAAUUUGAUUUCGUUAAAGCAUAGUGAUUACUUUUUGGAGUGCCUAAAGUUAAUAGUAACUUGUCUCGUGCAAACAUUUUCCCUAUGAAAUCAUUGGGGUUUUUAGGAAUUAAAAUUUCAUUUUUGUAAAUGACUAAAGCUGUGAUCACUAUGUUAUGGGCUUUGAAAAUCCCUUGUAAAAUAUCUGCUUAACGAAAGUAAAAUUUAAGUACUAAACGAUUGUCACGGCAAAAAGAAAACUAUUGACUCCAAAAUUGUGUCUUUCUGUACCUAUCCGUCCUCCUUAAUAGAAAUAUUUUAUUUAUUUCAAAUAAAUCUUAUUCCUCUAAGAGGAAUAUUCGAUGUAUAAGAAUAAAAUAUUCCCUGUAUGAUGUGUGCCUCGGAAUACUCUAACAAUUUAUAUUUUUUAUAAACCUAACAUGUGUUCUUUAAAACACAGUUAGCUUUUAUUUGAAUAAAGAGUUGUAAAAAUCGAUAUAUACCCUCAAUAAAUUAUGUUACCUAUGCUAAUAGUCAGAUAAAGUUGUCAAAGGUAUUUAUUUAUGAUUAAAUUAUGAUAAAUGUAUGUAAAUUAGUCAUUUAGUAGUUCCUUUUCAGUAAAAUUCGUGCGUUGUUUAAAACAUCACAAUGAUUUCUUAUAAAUUGAUACAUUCCUAAUUGUCCUUAAACAUAUGAAACAAAAAAAAAUAGGACUUUUAAAAAUUCAGACGAUCUCUGUAUAACCAAUUAAUGACUAUAGUUACAGUGAGAAAGAUAUCCCACAAAAAUUAAAAAUGUAAAGCUUUGAGUUUCCAGUAUAUCAAGAGGGAAAGCAUAAAAGCAUACACUUCAGAAAGCCUUUUCGACACGCCCGAAUACUUGCCUUUGUUAACCUUCGGGACUAUUUUUUAAACUUUAAAUUUAUCAUCCCCGCCACAAAAGGAAAUAAUUUGAAAUUUUCGGAAAUGAAAUUCUUGCUCCGUUUAACGUGUGCUCCGUAAUGCGUGAACCCACUCUGUUCGCAAACAGCUUGCCUCAACGACAGGUAUCAAAUGACGCAAGAUAAGAUUCUUGCUGCGGUAAUACAAAUAUUUUUCUCGUGUUUAAUUCUUAAGUACAUUUGCUAUGUCAAUUGAUGCCUUUAUGUAACGUGUUUUUUUUUUUUUUUUUUUUUUUUUUUACUUAAAAUUAAAUAUCGUAGUUGCAAGAAAGAAAGCAUUCGGGCGUGUUGAAAAGGCUUUGUGAACUGUAGGCUUCCCAUAUCUGGAGAAACUUCUUGUGCCAUGGACUAAAUAUGAGUAUAGUCUGCGUGACCCAGUUGCACAAUAGAAGUUUAUUUGAGUGCAUCUUUGAACGGCUUAUUUGUCAACAGACUUGCAAAAAGUCACGGUGUCAUGGCAUACGCAGCUGAUAGGCUACUUAUGUGAGGUUAUGGAAUAUCAUUAAGCUCUGUUUGUCCAAGUUUCAAUGCAUUUAGAAGUCGAUGUUUCAUUGCUGGUGAACUGUUUGUUCCUCUAAAAACUACUUCACAUUCAAUCAUUUUAAGUAAUCGUGGAAAUAAUACAUUAAACAAACGAACGUGUCAAUGACAUUAUUUGGACAGUCCUGAUGGCAGAUCUUAAUUCAAUGUUAGCCUCAUACACAGAUAUACAAUAAUAAUUUGUCAAUAAUAAUUUGUCCAUAUAAUAUUAUUCUAUGACUUGUGCCCUCCAUUUGUUAAGGUCAUGUUGAUUUUUUUGGUCAUUACUUUUUUUAUUUUUUAACUAGAUACAUUCCUCUAAUUUUUUCUGUCACAAAUAAUGUUAACAGUUAACUAUUUCGCCGCGCUGUCGUUGACAGAAGUUUAACUAAGGGUAGUUUAAAAAUACCUUACCUUUUUUAACUACUGAUAAGUUUUUUGCUUCACCACACAUUUCUUGUGUUUCCCUAACUUCAGGCAGCUAAGCCUGAUUAAACUUUAUUAAAGUUCGUUAAAAAUUCAAUUACAAGCAGUGGCCAUUCUAUUUUGUUUGUUUUUGGGUCAUAUAAGUUAAGUUUGCAAACAAAUAUAGUUCAUAAAGAAAAAAUAUUUUAGUUACUUGUUGUAUUAAUUUUACAAACAAGUUUUUUUAAAGUAUUUCAAAUGUUAUUUUUAAGUUAACAUUUUAUAAAUCGCCCUUAAAUAAAUUUUAUAACGAGAAUGAAAAAAAUCAACAUGGCGUAGUACGGAGCCUUAGGAACUCAUAUUCUGGGUCUUUUUCAUUCCGGCAGUUUAUUAACAAACAAGAUGAUACAUACUUGAAUUACUGCACAUGUCACUCAGUAGUACUCGUGUGGGGUGGAUUAUUCUCGCUGCAGUAACUAUAGUUCAAAUUUUUUAGUUUAUUUAUUCAGAAAUGUCCCAUAUUAGGCAGCUAAAGCAGUCGUUUAGUAAGAUAAAUUACUAAUAUGUGUGAAAACAAAUGAAGUUAAUAAAAUUGUUAUAUUUAACUAAAAUUAAUGUAAUAUAUUUUUUAACAAUAAUGUUAUACAUUGGUAUGUAUCUGUUCAUUAAAAAACCAUUAAAAUAUUAUAUACACCUAUGUGUAUAUGAAAUACACACAUACAUGCAUAUAUAAUUAUAUGAAAACUUAUUCACAUAUUUUAAUUCAGAUAAGUGUGCUUUAGUUCUGAGCGCUUGUAUUGUAUGUUUACUUGCCUAAAAUAUAGGAUCACAGUUAUGUGACACGGUGUGACACAGUGACUCGGAUGUAAACAAAUAAACUUGAGUACUACUGUAUUUUGAGUGUCAGAAGAGAAAUAGCUUUCUUUUCUUGCAAAAAAAAAUUGUAAUAAUUCUCAUUUAUCGAAGCCAAAGUGAUAUUGUAUAAACUGUUGUAUGUUAUUCUUUUUAAUUUAAUAAAGUUUAUUUUAGAA